GAAUCAAAGAUUACCAAGAAAGCUAACUUCUCUCUCUCAGGUUUGUGUUCAAGUUCUUCGCCAUAAGCCUUCGUCGCAGCGAUUUUCUGCACCAGACGACGAACCUGCAACUCACUUUGCUUCAUAGAGGAAACCAUCGACUGCUCGAUUCAUCAUCAUCCAUGUAUUUUCAAGGAAAAAAACUCAUCAACGACCCCAAUGAUGUAGUGACUGAGUUCAUUGAAGGUCUUGUGGAAACUUAUCCAGGAUUACAGUAUUUGGAUGGAUUUCCGGAGGUUAAGGUUGUAGUACGUGCAGAUAUUUCACCUGGAAAAUACGGCAAAGUUGCGGUUAUAUCAGGUGGUGGAAGUGGCCAUGAACCUGCUCAUGCUGGAUUUGUAGGAGAAGGAAUGUUGACUGCAGCUAUAUGUGGAGAUGUUUUUGCCUCUCCACCUGUUAACUCAAUUCUAGCAGGCAUACGAGCGGUGACUGGACCCAUGGGGUGCUUACUCAUCGUCAAGAAUUACACUGGUGACCGCAUGAAUUUUGGCUUGGCAGCUGAACAAGCAAAAGCUGAAGGUUUCAAGAUUGAGAUGGUAAUUGUUGGAGAUGACUGUGCCUUACCACCACCUCGUGGUAUUACUGGACGAAGAGGUUUAGCUGGCACCAUUCUUGUUCACAAGGUUGCUGGAGCUGCUGCAGCCUCUGGACUCUCUCUUAAAGAUGUUGCUGCAGAAGCUCAACAUGCAUCUGAAAUUGUUGGAACGAUGGGUGUCGCAUUGUCUGUUUGUACACUUCCCGGCCAGGCCACAUCAGAACGUUUGGGGCCAGGAAAAAUGGAGCUUGGUCUUGGAAUUCAUGGUGAACCUGGUGUUGCAGUGACUGAUCUUCAGCCAGUGGAUUCUGUAGUUUCUCAUGUUCUUAGGGAGAUACUUACACAGGAAACUGGCUAUGUUCCUAUAACUAGAGGCUGUAGAGUGGUGCUUCUGAUCAAUGGAUUGGGUGGCACUCCUAUGAUGGAAUUGAUGAUAGCAGCUGGAAAAGCCGUUCCUAGAUUGCAAUUGGAGCAUGGACUGGCUGUUGAUAGGGUUUAUACAGGGUCAUUCAUGACGUCACUUGAUAUGGCAGGGUUUUCAAUUUCUGUGAUGAAAGCUGAUGAAGCUGUCUUGCUACGUUUAGAUGCUCCAACUAAAGCUCCAAAUUGGCCUGUUGGUGUUAAUGGUGAUCGUCCAUCUGCAAAAAUUCCCCUUCCAGUUCCAUCUUCCCCUGCAAAGAGUGAUGAGGAAUUAAGUCGACCCCAGCUGCUAACUCAACAAGGAUGUGUCCUUGAAUUUGCUAUUGAAGCGGCAGCAACUGCAGUUAUUAAUCUGAAGGCAAACCUUAAUGAAUGGGAUGCAAAAGUAGGCGAUGGCGACUGCGGGUCAACUAUGUUUAGAGGUGCAUCUGCUAUUCUGGAAGACAUGAAAAAGUAUUAUCCCCUGAAUGAUGCUGCUGAAACAGUGAAUGAAAUUGGAUCUUCCAUCAGACGUGUUAUGGGCGGAACAAGUGGAAUAAUAUACGAUAUAUUUUCCAAGGCAGCUUAUGCGAAGUUAAAUGCAAAUGGCGAUUCAACUGUUACAGCAUUACUAUGGGCCGAGGCACUUGAAGAUGCAAUUGCUGCUGUCAGUAAAUAUGGAGGAGCUAAAGCAGGCUACCGAACAAUGCUAGAUGCCCUUAUCCCAGCUUCUGUGGUUCUUAAAGAGAGGCUUAUUGCUGGAGAUGAUCCUAUCGAUGCUUUUGUUCUAUCUGCUGAGGCAGCAGCUGCAGGAGCUGAAUCAACUAAAGACAUGCAAGCUCAGGCGGGGAGAUCGACAUAUGUUCCUGCGGAUGUACUAGCGACUGUUCCAGAUCCAGGUGCAAUGGCUGCAGUUUCUUGGUACAAAGCAGCAGCACUUGCUGUGAAAGAGAAGUAUCAAACUUAACUACUAAUAUGAACCAUAUAAUAAAUACAUGUAUACACACACAUAUAAAACUUACCCUAUAAUGAAUAUGCCAAUUUCUCAAAACCAUAUUUGAUAGAGCUUUCCACUUGUGCGAGCAGGUAUGCUUGUACAAUGGUGAGAGAGUGAAUUUUAUUAUGCGAAACAAACACGAGUAGUUUUUUUGUUACCGUGUAUGUGAAAGACUGAGUUAUUCUAGGUAUUUUGUUUUUACUGAAGUACAUUGAUGAUGGAAUUAGAUGAA